AUGCCUGCUGGAACAGUUGACAUCCAACUUCUGAGCGAUCUACACCUCGAGAUUGAACGCGGUUCUCAACCUCUCUAUCAGUACGACUUCCCUGCAAGCGCAGAGAAUCUAGCACUCCUCGGCGACAUUGGGUGGACGAGAGAUGAACGAUUGUUUCUGUGGUUGGAAGUCCAGCUGUUGCGGUUCAAACACGUCUUCUUCGUGUCUGGGAACCAUGAGCCGUACAUAAGUACGCUGGAGGAAAGCGCAGGGACCAUCGAGGCAUUCGCGAAACGCAUGACAGACGCGCGCUCUGCAGACCCAAGUAAAGGCGAAUUCAUCUUUCUGAACCGGACGCGAUACGACCUAUCGCCUACCCUCACCAUUCUGGGCUGUACGCUUUGGUCUGCGCUGGAUCCGGAGAACAUCGACAUCCUCGUCUGGGGGCUCACGGAUUUCAAGCGCAUCGACGACUUCAACCCCGACACGUACUCGGAAUGCCACAUAGUGGAUCUCGCAUGGCUACGACAGUCAAUCACCGACAUUCGUACGAAUGAACCCGAGCGACGAAUAGUUGUCUUUACCCACCACGCGCCGACCAUCGAGGGUACCGGUGACCCCAAGUAUAUCGGCGGGCCGACCAAUAGCGCGUUCGCCACCGAACUAUCCAUGGAUGACAUAUGGUCCCCGCCGUUGGCUGUGUGGGCGUUCGGGCAUACGCACUGGAGCUGUGACUUCGAGCGACGCGGUGUCAGGGUUGUCAGCAAUCAGCGAGGCUAUAAGGAGGGAGAUCCAGCGUUCGACGCUGCGACGGUUCUGAGGCUGUAA